CGCUAGGGGUACCGUGCCACUGUCCUGAGUUUUCCAAAAUUCCCGUAAUCCUUCGUGUUUGAGUUUAAAACCUUUUGGAUAUUUGAAAAUGUUUAUGGGAUGGUUUUAAACAUAUUUUGUGAGUUCUUUGAGCUUGUGAAUAUAGCUUAGCAAUGAGGUCUCAGCUGGAGCCCUCGCCUCGAACCCAUACAGAGCCGCCGAUUGCUAAAAUCUACGCCCAAACGCCGAUCAAUUAUCCGGCAAUUCACUCCCCUUCCUCGCUAAAUCGACAGAUUCAGACAUUUCCUAGAGAUACGUUGCUCAGAGAGUGGGAUUUUCGAUCUGGUGCUGCACUUGUAAAGGCAAAAUCAUAUGUUGACACUCUUAAGGGUUACUCGGACGUCGCUCAUCCACCGUCUUCUUCCCGGGAGACUAUACCAACAAUCCAGGAGACGGUCACUCAGGAAGCCCUCAACCCAAAGGCACCAUCAGAGAACGAUGGUAACUCGUUUCUUCCACCUCCUGUCAAAAACAUAAUCCCUAUGGUUUUUAGCAUUUUUGAGAAGGAAUUCACUCUGUCUACAUCUAUUUAUAAUAAAAAGUUAUGUAUUUCCGAGUUUUUCAAAAGAAGGAAGCACUCAAUUUGGCUUGGUUUGGAUGCUGGUCAUUGGCUUCUUAAUACGUUGUCUAAAUUCUUCUUGGAUGGAUCCAUAGAUUGUCCAGUCAAGAUAGAACCUAAGCGAUCCAUCUUUCUUAGAUUUAGACCUAGCCCUAAAGGAUCUUUUCUUCAACUCAUAGAAAGGAGACAAGAUGGAAGGAGUAUGAUUUUCAUCCCGGAAGGCCAACAGGGUAAUGGUUUUACAACCUUUAAAGCUAGAUUGGAGCUAGUCCUUAAACACCUUUCUAGGGCUAUUCCCCCUCCUGAACCUUUCAUAGACAGAGCUUUAGUUUGCGGUUUUUCAAUUCCAACUCCCACUGAUACAUCCAUGUACAUUUCCUCCAAUUUAUUCAAUUUGGAAGUUUGUUCUGUCAUGGAACCAAUCAUAAGCCCAUUAUCAGUUCCCAAUCCCCCCUUUGCAGUCUCUCAUGCCUCAAUCCCUGAAAUGAAUCCCUCUACAUGCUCCCUCCUUUCUGCAAAAGCCAACGCAUUUGUACCUAAAACACAUAUCACACAACAUCAGGUUCCCAAUGUAAGCCUAGUAUCUCGCCAACCAGCUCUCACUUUCUUGGGUUGUUCAACAUCGGAUACUGAAAGAGAUAACUCUUGGAACAUCUCCAAAGCCUAUGGAUCUGAUUAUGAGCAGCAACAUUGUUCACAGAAAGGACAACUUCCAAUAGAUGACACUUCUGAAUGGGAGACUGAAUCAGACGAAGAGGAGAGUAAAGGGGAUUGGCAUGCAAAAAAAGAGUCUGUCAAGAAAAGAAACCAAGCAAGAUUUGAAAAGCUCAUAAGCCACAUUCAAGGAGGGGUCAUAAACAAACCAAGAAGAAGUUAGAGACUCGCUCAACUAAGGAACGAACUCAUUGAUGAAAGAAACCUAGAGUCAAUCAACUUGGGGUAAUUGGCUACCAUCAGACCAAUUUAGUGAUUCAUGCUCUUCUCCAGGAAUUAUUUAACUCUGAAUUUUUUAGUGUCUUAGUCUGCAAUUUUUAAGUAUUUGGUUCAAUUUAAUGAUUCUUUUUCUUCCUUAUGGUUCAACUGCAAUCCUGUUCUAAAAAACUAUAUGUAUUGGAAAGCCAUAUGCAUCACAAUCCAGCCCUGUAAUUGAAUGGGAGUUAGCAUCCAGAGACUUGGACAGAAUCUGUUACAGCCUAGAAGCCUUUGUCUGCACCUUUUGUACAGAAAUGCAGCGAGCUAGUAAUGAUAAGGCAUACUUGUGGGGUCUCGGUUUUAAGCAUUGAUUGGAGGGGUCUAUGUAAGAACUUGAUUUGGACUUACACAUAAGGCCAAGGAGAUUGUUUCUGCAUUACAAGGCCAGCAGGAUAGCCAAGAGAAUUUUCUCCUUAUGGGUUGCCAUUGUCCUGCAUAGCUUUUUUCUUCUUUUGGCAUAUAGUUGGUUGUUUGUAAUCCUACAUUUAUGUUGUUUUUUUUUGGCGCUUCUGUUUGGGCCUUGCCAGCCCCCCCUUUUGUACCUUUUAUUUUUCCUUAUUAAUAAAAUAUCUCUUUAAUA